AGCUGUUUUGUUUCUGUCUGACUUCAGGAUCGAGGGAUUGUUACCUGGAUGUUUGAUGUAUCUCUUUUUUCCCCCCUUUGGAUAGACUGUUCAGUUUGACCUUGAAGAAGCUCAUUAUGCUGAAAGAGAUGGACAAGGAUCUCAGCUCGGUGGUGAUUGCUGUAAAACUGCAGGGUUCAAAGCGGAUCUUGAGGUCCAACGAGAUCGUUUUGCCUGUGAGCGGACUCGUAGAAACAGAGCUUCAGUUGACUUUCUCAUUGCAGUAUCCUCACUUCUUGAAACGAGACGCCAAUAAAUUGCAGAUCAUGUUACAGAGAAGGAAGCGAUACAAAAACCGGACCUUUCUAGGCUACAAAACGUUGGCUGUGGGCCUGAUCAACAUGGCCGAGGUGAUGCAGCAUCCCAGCGAGGGGGCCCUGGUCCUGGGACUCCACAGCAACGUGAAAGACGUCUCCGUCCCAGUGGCUGAAAUCAAAAUCUACUCUCUGUCCAGCCAACCCAUUGACCAUGAAGGACUCAAGUCAAAAUUAUCAGAUCGCUCCCCUGACAUUGAUAACUACUCGGAGGAAGAAGAGGAGAGUUUCUCUUCCGAACAGGAAGGCAGCGAUGACCCCCUGCACGGGCAGGAUUUGUUCUACGAAGAGGACGAUCUUAGGAAGGUGAAAAAGCCGAGGCGGAAACUGACGUCGACUUCUGCAAUCACUCGGCAGCCAAAUAUUAAGCAGAAGUUUGUGGCUUUAUUGAAAAGGUUCAAAGUCUCGGAUGAGGUCGGUUUUGGAUUGGAACACGUGUCUCGAGAGCAGAUCCGGGAGGUCGAAGAAGACCUGGAUGAGCUUUAUGACAGCCUGGAGAUGUACAACCCCAGCGACAGUGGCCCCGAGAUGGAAGAUACUGAGAGCAUUCUGAGCACCCCAAAGCCAAAACUCAAGCCGUUCUUUGAGGGGAUGUCCCAGUCGAGCUCCCAGACCGAAAUUGGAAGCCUCAACAGUAAAGGAAGUCUUGGCAAGGACACCACCAGUCCUAUUGAAGCCUCUGCCGGAGACAAACUGAAACCGAACCGGAGUAAAAACGUUGAUGACAUCAACGAAACAGACAUGCUGGAAGGGAGCGAGCAGGAUGCUUUUGGGGACUUGUCCACCACCUUCAUUAUCCCAGAAAAAAUCAAGACGCCUAUGAAAACAAGCAAGGGAGACCUUCAGAGCAUGGCCUCGCCUAGCAAAAUGGACAGCGCCAUGCACACCCCCCGUCAAAAACGCAGCACUCCACUCAAGGAGCGUCAGCUUUCCAAGCCGCUUAGUGAAAGGACCAACAGUUCUGACAGCGAAAGGUCCCCGGAUUUAUGUCACAGUACGCAGAUUCCUCGCAAGAUUGUUUAUGAUCAGUUGAAUCAGAUCCUCGUGUCGGAUGCUGCACUGCCAGAAAAUGUAAUCCUCGUGAAUGCUGUUGACUGGCAAGGCCAGUACGUAGCUGACCUCCUCCAGGAUCAGAAGAAGCCCGUCGUUUGUACGUGCUCCACCAUCGAAGUGCAAGCUGUCCUUUCUGCAAUCCUCACGAGGAUCCAGAGAUACUGCAAUUGCAAUUCCUCCAUGCCGCGCCCCGUGAAAGUGGUAUCUGUCGGGGGCCAGAGCUAUCUCAGUGCCAUUUUGAGGUUUUUCGUGAAGCAGCUGGCGAACAAGACGUCGGACUGGCUCAACCACAUGAGGUUCCUAAUCGUGCCGCUAGGAUCUCACCCAGUCGCUAAAUACAUGGGCUCUGUGGACAGCAGAUACAGCAAUAUGUUUCUGGACACCUCCUGGAGAGAACUCUUCAGCAAACCUGAACCACCUGCAAUAGAGCCCUUGGACGUGGUCGGCCGGAUCACACAGUACGUGAACGGAGCCAAUGUGACUCACCAGCUGCCCGUGGCGGAGGCCAUGCUAACCUGCAAACACAAAUUCCAAGAUGAAGAUUCCUACCAGAAGUUCAUCCCUUUCAUUGGGGUGGUCAAGGUGGGCCUCAUUGAGGAUUCACCUGCGGCAGCAGGUGAGGGAGACGAUUCCCCCAUCAUCAGCCUCACGGUUCCCUCCACCUCUCCCCCUUCAAGUUCGGGCCUUGCCAAGGACGUCUCUGCCACUCCCCCAUCCUCUCCAUCGAUGACCAGCGGACUGGCUGUGGUGGGGUCUCCCAGCAGCCCUUACGGUGAUGUGAUUGGCCUGCAGGUGGAUUACUGGCUAGCUCAGCCCACGGAAAAGAAGAAAGAAGGGGAGAAGAAGGACACCAGCUCCAAAAACACCCUCAAGAGUGUCUUCCGCUCGGUGCAGGUCUCACGGCUUCCCAACAGCGGAGAGACCCAGCCCUCUGGGACCAUGGCCAUGACAGUCGUCACCAAGGAGAAGAAUAAGAAGGUGCCCACCAUUUUCCUGAGCAAGAAACCCAAAGAGAGGGAAGUCGAUUCCAAGAGCCAAAUGAUUGACGGGAUCAGCCGGCUCAUCUGCUCAGCCAAGCAGCAGCAAACGAUGCUGAAAGUUUCCAUCGAUGGAGUGGAAUGGAGCGACAUCAAGUUUUUCCAACUGGCCGCCCAGUGGCCAACCCAUGUGAAGCAUUUCCCGGUAGGGCUCUUCGGCUCCAAACCAGCCUGAGGGCGAGGGCAGGACGCCUUCCCGUGCCCUCCUCGCUCUGCUGCGACACGGCACCCCCUCCGUCUGAACCAUCUGCCCACCAAGAGCUGCGCCGUGCUCACUUCACCCGUGUUGCGUUCCUGUGUGUCGAUCGGGCUUUGCUGGGGGGGAGGGUCCAGGCCCCGAGGUCCAAAAGAGAUGCUCGGUUUUCCUAUCCAGCCGAGGAGCUGCCCGCUGCCCGCUUCCGUAUCUUGUGCUGCUGCAUCGUGCUGUGGGCGCCCCGCCUCCACCUGUGCUGAGUGCACUGCCCCUUGAGGACAAACUCUUCUGCCACUUCAAAUCUCUUGGCCUCCCAUCCUAGCGGGGCCACGCUCCUUCCUUGAGCUGGGGUGGCACACCGGUGCUGCUGAGUCUUCCUGAAGAACGUGUUGGUGAACUCAUGGUCCGCAGAAAUCUGCCUUCUUAACAACCUUCUUGGGUCCUCUGUUCCAGCGUUGGCUGAGCCAUCAGAGAGCUCAGAGGAGCUCCGCUUUCCAAGUUCUUCUUCUCAUUCCAGCUUUCCUAAAAGCACAACGCAGCAGAGCUCCUGGGGCUAAUUCAACUCCCAGAUUCCACCCCAGCUGUUAGCAAGGGGUGCCCGUCUUCAUCACUCAAACGUGCAGGGGUGGCGGAAGGAGCAUUCGUUUUCAGGCGGCGCCACCUCUUCCUCACUCAACUGGGCUUGCUUCUGUACCUUCGGCUCUCUCCGCAGUCUUGUCGCUUUUUUUUUUUAAACCAAGGAAGGUGAUGGGUGUGAUAAGGCCUCCCUUCCCCUUAUGGGGUCGUCGUGGAGUGUGGGGUGAGAAGGAUGGUUCCCCAUUUGACCAUCUGGCGUUUCCUGAAGCUCAUCCCGUUGUGGGCAGGGGUGCCUCCAUCUCAGCUGCCUCCCAUAAUACAAAGAGCAGAGUCUGCAACCCAGACCUCUUCUCCUGAGCCAUUCUUCUGGCAUGGACAUGGACGUGCUGAGGAACCGUUGGCCACCUCCACCGACGUCUGCUGGUCACUGCUGUUCGUACGGUGGCCGUGGGAUGCCAGCCUCCUCCAGAGGCAAGGAGCAGCCACCCAGUGAGGAUUUGCAGAAACUCCUGGUGGUAUCCACGCUCUUCUGCAAGUCCCAACGCCUGCUGGAGUGUCUUCUUCCAGAGCCCUUGGUUUGGAAAGGUGAAAACAACCCUUGCUCUGAGGGGGUUGAAUGAAUGCCAGCCCACCCAUUCAAAUAGUCACCUCAGGAGAGAUCGCCCCACACCUAUGCUCCAGGGAAAAAAAAAGUUUUCAAGAGCAGAGAAGCUUCUCCAUCGUAAGUCAGAACUGAUCCAGGGGGACAUCUUCAUGAAUUUCAUGCGGACUCGUUCUCCCCUUUCCAGCCUCUUCCUUUUCACACUCCUAUAAAAAGUGAGAUCAGAAAGCUGCAUUUCCAAGAAAUAAAUGGAAGCUCUCUCUUUUUUUUUUU